AUGCUACUGCAGGAGCCAUCAAUGGACAUGCACGGCCCUGCCCUUUACGCGACGCAACAGGCCAAGGAGCUGCCCGUUGACCUGUGCACUCCCGAGGUAACUGUGCAUCUUGGGGGAUGCAAAUGCAAGUGGUGCCAGAAGCCACGUCUUUGGGUCGAGGCUGGCAUGAAGAAGAAGCACUCCCCAACCCUGGCCACUUUGGAGGAGGACGAUACCUUGGCCUUGACCACUGUGGAGCCCGAGGCUGCCGAGGAUGUCCAUGGGCCUGCGGCAAGCGGCAAAGGCAAUCCAUGCGGCCGUCCGGCCUUGCCUCCAUGGUGA